AUGUCUACAGGUCAAAGUGGUCUUCUUGAUCAAAUAUUACUCGAAGAUAUUGCACGUCAUUGUCCUCAACAGUUCUUAGCAUUCCAUCAAUGUAUGUCGAAACCUGCACCAGAUGCAAAUCAGUGUGCUUUAGAGCAAUAUAAUUUAGCCGGAUGUAUUAAAAAAGAUGUUCCAGCUUUCCAGAAGAUCCAAGGAGUUUGUUCUGGGAAGUUACAAGCGUACGAGGCAUGUUUGAAGAUGAAUGGCAGUGAUCAAAAGAAAUGCUCGCAAGAUUUGCAAAGCUUAAGAGAUUGUGCUUUUGGUUCUUUAGAUAAAUAA